AGGAAACGAGUCAUAAACGUAAAAUAAAAGACGUAUAGGGCAAAAGGGAAGUAGAAGAGAAUGGUAAAGUUCUCCGUGGGGAUCGAAGAAGACGGAGAAGGGCCAAGCAAUCGAGUCCCUAAGCGUCAGAUGGCUGAGCGUGUUUUUGAUAUCGGAGGCUCAGGACAAGAAGAAUCCGAAGAAGACGAAGAAUCGGGAGGGGAGGAAGCAUCCGAAAGAGAAGAAGAAGCAUCCGAAGGAGCAGAAGAAUCUGAAGGAGAAGAACAAUUGGAGGAGACUGGAGCUGAGCAAGGAGAAAUGAGCUCUCAGACUGCUCAAGAUGGAUCUAUUUCAAUUACGUUAGCUGACCCUGAAGUUCUUGAUUGUUCUAUCUGCUACGAGGCCUUGAGUAUCCCUGUUUUUCAGUGUGAGAAUGGGCAUAUAGCUUGCUCUACUUGUUGCAUCAAAAUAAGAAAUAGAUGUCCAUCCUGUUCGACUCCGAUUGGCUAUAGUCGCUGCAGGGCGAUUGAGAAGGUUUUGGAAUCUGUCAAAGUGUCAUGCCAAAACACAAAGUACGGGUGCAAAGAAGCAUUCAGUUAUAGCCUGAAGCAGAAACAUGAAAAGGCAUGUCCAUUUGUGGCAUGUUCAUGCCCCCUUCCCAAGUGCUACUUUGAGGGUUCAUCAGAGGAUUUAAGUGCACACUUUGGUAAUGUACACAAGUAUUCUGCAACAUGUUUCCUUUAUGAUCGUUUAACACCCAUCACCUUUGGAGUUUCUGAAAAGUCACUUAUUCUUCGAGAGGAGAGUGACGGUUCUUUAUUCAUUCUCCACAAUAAGGUUGAGACUUUGGGGAAUGUAAUCACAUUGAGCCGGAUUGGACCCUUAACCGAGAGAGGUUUCUUCUAUGAAUUAAUUGUGAAAUCUCAUGCUGAUGCAAGUACUCUUAGGUUACAAUCCUUCACAAAGAGCACUCCGAAACGGGUCAAUAACCCACAGUCAUUAGGGUUUCUCCUGGUUCCAAGUCGAUUCUCUAGUAGUUUCCGGCAGAUCAAGAUGGACCUCCGGGUGUGGUGUUCCGAUCGGAUUUCCUGCCAUCAGAGGCCUAGCGGUGCAUAGUUCUUGUAACUCUUGGUGCAUAAACUAAUGAACUCCAGUUGUAGCGAUUGUUAUUUAAGCCAUGCAAGGUUUAUAUAUGUAUGAAUUUCAUAACGAAGAUUGAUUCAUGAAUA